AUGUGGACUGUCAAUGCAAUUGGUCGCCUAGGUAAUUUAAUGGGAGAGUAUGCUACACUAUACUCUCUAGCUAAGAUGAACGGCCGACAAGCCUACAUCUUGCCAGGAAUGCAAAAUAAACUAGCAAGGAUCUUUAAGAUAAGACUGCCAGUGCUUGACCAGGAUGUAGCUAAGCGCAUAAAAUGGAGCAAUUACAGACUUCAUGACUGGAUGUCUGAUGAAUACCGACAUAUUGAAGGAAAUAAUGUUCAUCUCAGUGGCUACCCAUGUUCUUUUACAUUUUACCACCACAUAAAAGAUGAAAUUCUCAGAGAAUUUACAUUCCAUGACUUCAUUAAAGAAGAGUCUUAUGCAUAUCUGAACAAUGUGCGUGGUGACAAGAAAAAUGUCUCUUUUGUAGGUGUACAUGUUCGCCGAGGAGACUAUGUGUAUGUUAUGCCCAACACAUGGAAAGGGGUGCUUGCUGACAAAGGAUAUUUGCAAAAAGCUAUGGACUAUUUUAGAAACAAGUAUGAAAACCCGCUGUUUAUUGUAACCAGUAAUGGGAUGGACUGGUGUAAGGAGAACAUUGAUAAUUCACUGGGAGAUGUUCACUUUGGCGGAGAUGGUCAAGAAGGAUUCCCAGAUCGGGAUUUUGCCCUCUUGGCACAUUGUAACCACACCAUCAUGACUAUAGGAACCUUUGGUAUUUGGCUGGGCUACCUGGUAGGUGGCGAAACCAUCUAUUUAACAAACUACACACUGCCCGACUCUCCUUUUCUUAACGUUUUUAAAUAUGAAGCCGCUUUCCUUCCAGAAUGGAUUGGGAUUCCAGCAGACCUCUCACCACUGUUGAAUAAGAAAGACCCUUAA